UUAGUUUCCUAAUUAAUAUUUAGUUGUGUUUAUUACAUUUUUCUAACUGAUCCAUCCGGCCAUGUUUGCCUAGAACUGUGAUAACAUAUUCUCUCGAUACAGAUACAUUUAUGUAUCUCUUUAGUUUGAAGAACUGAAGUUAUUAACAUGGUGAGGAAAAGGAGAAAUGAACAGUCAGGCGGGGGUGAGAGUUCUGAGUCUCAAGAAGUGAAUGGAGACCAUAGGGAUGGUGCACCUCCGCAACAGCAACAGGGUGGAGGGUACCAAGUUGGUGGAAGAGGUUAUGCUCCUCAGCACCAGGCAGGUGGAAAUCAAGGUCGUGGAACUUAUGGAGGAGGCCUUGGCUGUCAGCAGGGUGGAAUGGCUUCUCAGCAGUACUAUGGAGGGCCUCCCUACUACAUUCAGCAGCAGGGUAGGGGAACAUCCCAACAGCAGCAGCAGCACUAUGGAGGCCCAUCUGUGUACUAUCAGAUGCAAGACAGGGCAACACAGCAGCAUCAGUACCCCCAACAACAGCAGCUGUAUCAACAGCCAGGAGGAGGAUCAACCCAACAGCAUUGUGGUGCUGGCCGAGGAGGUUUUGUAUCUUCUACUAGUGUACCUUCCAGGCCAUCUAACCCCGAGCUGCACCAAGCUUCCCAAGUUUUACAUCAAGCAGGGGUCAAGAACCAACCGUUGCUAUUUGUGAAUCCAACUGGGGGGGUUGAGCCCGAGGCUCGUUCUUUGUCCUUUGUUCCCGAACCAACUUCUCAGGUGACCCGGCAGUUUCAGCAGCUUUCUGUCCAGCAAGAAGGCUCUUCCAGUGAGAUUGUGCCUAUUCCAGCUUCAACCAAAUCACUCAAAUUUCCUCUUCGUCCAGGCAAGGGUAGUACUGGUUCCCGUUGUAUCGUGAAGGCUAAUCACUUUUUUGCUGAACUGCCAGACAAGGAUCUGCAUCAAUAUGAUGUCACCAUUACUCCAGAGGUAACAUCGCGUUGCGUCAACCGUGCAGUUAUGGGAGAACUCGUGAGAUUAUACAGAGAUUCUCAUCUGGGAAAGCGUCUUCCUGCAUAUGAUGGUAGGAAGAGCUUAUAUACAGCAGGGCCUAUGCCUUUCAUUUUGAAAGAGUUCAAAAUCACUCUCACUGAUGAAGAUGAUGGAUCGGGCGCUGCAAGGUACUCUUCUGGACUUCUUUUAUUAAUGAAAAUAUUCCGUGAGCUCAAAACAACUGUUAAUAGCUUGUUAUCUUCCCACAAAUGCAGGAGAGAGAGGGAAUUUAAAGUUGUAAUCAAACUAGCUUCACGUGCCGACUUGCACCACUUGGAAAUGUUUUUGAAGGGGAGGCAGGCUGAUGCACCCCAAGAAGCACUUCAAGUUCUGGACAUUGUGCUACGUGAAUUGCCUACUGCUAGGUAUUGUCCUGUUGGUCGUUCAUUCUAUUCUCCUGAUCUGGGACGAAGGCACCCACUGGGUGAUGGAUUGGAGAGCUGGCGGGGUUUCUAUCAGAGUAUCCGGCCAACUCAGAUGGGAUUGUCACUGAACAUUGAUAUGUCAUCCACUGCAUUUAUUGAACCUCUGCCUAUUAUCGAAUUCGUGUCACAGCUUUUGAACAGGGAGAUCUCUUCUAGGCCAUUGUCUGAUGCAGAUCGUGUAAAGAUCAAAAAAGCAUUGAGAGGAAUAAAAGUUGAAGUUACACAUCGUGGAAUCAUGCGUAGGAAGUAUCGCAUAUGCGGUCUAACAUCACAGGCAACACGAGAGCUGACCUUUCUUGUUGAUGAAAGAGGUACUGCAAAAUCAGUGGUGGAGUACUUCAGGGAGACCUAUGGAUUUGGCAUACAACAUACUCAAUGGCCUUGUCUGCAAGUUGGUAAUCCACAAAGACCAAAUUAUCUGCCUAUGGAGGUUUGCAAGAUCGUGGAGGGUCAAAGGUAUUCCAAGCGAUUGAAUGAAAGACAAAUUACUGCUUUGCUGAAGGUUACCUGUCAGCGCCCUGGCGAGAGGGAGAAUGAUAUUACGAGGACUGUUCGUCAUAAUGCUUAUGAUGAAGAUCCCUAUGCCAAGGAAUUCGGCAUAAGAAUUAGUGACAAACUGGCUUCAAUAGAAGCUAGAAUUCUGCCUCCUCCGUGGCUAAAAUAUCACGAGACAGGUCGUGAGAAGGAUUGUCUUCCACAAGUUGGCCAGUGGAAUAUGAUGAACAAGAAAAUGGUCAAUGGUGGUAUAGUCAACACUUGGAUCUGUGUUAACUUUGCACGGAAUGUGCAAGAGAGCGCUGCCCGUGGGUUCUGUCAUGAGCUUGCACAAAUGUGCAUGGUAUCUGGCAUGCAAUUCAAUCCUGAGCCUGUCCUUCCAGCGUUCAGUGCCCGUCCUGAUCAAGUAGAAAGAGUGCUAAAAGCUCGGUUCAAGGAGGCCAUUUCAAAAGUCCCAAAAAAGGAGCUUGAUCUAUUAAUUGUUAUUCUUCCUGACAACAAUGGCUCUCUUUAUGGUGAUAUAAAAAGAAUUUGCGAGACAGAUCUUGGCAUAAUUUCACAAUGCUGCUUGGCAAAGCAUGUGUUCAGAAUGAGCAAGCAAUAUCUUGCUAAUGUGACACUGAAAAUUAAUGUUAAAGUUGGAGGAAGAAAUACAGUUCUUGUUGAUGCACUUUCAAGGCGCAUUCCUUUAGUUAGUGAUAGGCCUACUAUAAUUUUUGGGGCUGAUGUCACGCACCCCCACCCUGGGGAAGAUUCAAGUCCCUCAAUAGCAGCUGUUGUUGCUUCCCAAGAUUGGCCAGAGAUUACAAAGUAUGCUGGCUUAGUUUGUGCCCAAUCUCAUCGACAAGAGCUCAUCCAAGAUCUGUUCAAAACCUGGCAAGACCCGACUAGAGGAACUGUAACUGGUGGCAUGAUAAAGGAACUGCUCAUAUCAUUCCGUAGAGCUACUGGGCAGAAACCACAGCGCAUAAUAUUUUACAGGGAUGGUGUCAGUGAGGGCCAGUUCUAUCAAGUUCUGCUAUUUGAGCUUGAUGCAAUUCGUAAGGCAUGUGCUUCUUUAGAGCCACAUUAUCAGCCUCCAGUUACAUUUGUUGUUGUUCAGAAGCGUCACCACACAAGGUUGUUUGCCAAUAAUCAUAAUGACCGUCAUCAAGUUGACAGGAGCGGAAAUAUAUUGCCUGGGACUGUUGUAGACUCUAAAAUCUGCCACCCCACUGAGUUUGAUUUUUACCUGUGUAGCCAUGCUGGCAUUCAAGGAACGAGCCGGCCAGCACAUUAUCAUGUCCUUUGGGAUGAGAACAAGUUCUCAGCAGAUGGUCUACAAUCUCUUACAAACAAUUUGUGCUACACAUAUGCUCGGUGCACACGGUCUGUGUCGAUUGUACCACCAGCAUACUACGCUCACCUUGCAGCUUUUCGUGCACGAUUCUAUAUGGAGCCUAAUACCUCCGACAGUAGUUCAAUGACAAGUGGUGCAGCGGCUGGACGUGGUGGAAUGGGUGUUGGAAGAAGUACACGUGGUCUGGCAAAUGCUGCUGUGAGGCCCCUACCUGCACUGAAAGAGAAUGUUAAGAGGGUGAUGUUUUACUGUUAGAAGUUCUAAUUUGCAUGACCUGAAGGACAAAACUAGAUUGAUCGGCAUUGGAAGCUAAAAAUAGUGAAGAACUUGUUAUUGCACUUAAUUAACUCCUGUGUUUUGGAUACCACAAAUGUAAAAAACUCAUUACUUUUGCUAGUUCUGUUCAACUACUAAUAUUUCCUCUAUGUUUA